CCUAUGACCUGACGCUCAUAUGGGGAGGUGGGCCCACAGGAAGGUCGACACUCGCAUCACUUCAACUGGUUUCCUGUGUUUAUCUUGAAGAACUCGAAAACGAAGGAAGUUGCCGAGAGGAGUAUUGUGGAGGUGAGACCGGGAGGGAUAACGGUAUAUUUGUCACCAUGCCGGUGUUUCACACGAGGACCAUUGAAAGCAUCUUGGAGCCUGUAGCCCAGCAGGUUUCCCAACUAGUGAUUCUCCAUGAAGAGGCUGAAGAUGGCAAUGCCAUGCCGGACCUGGCACGACCUGUCCAGGCUGUGUGUGCCGCUGUACAGAACCUGGUCAAGGUUGCCAAGGAGACAGCAGAGACCAGCCAAGACGUGAUCCUGAAGCAGGAGAUGCCCAUCGCCUACACCAGGGUGGAGGAGGCCUCACACCUGCUGGUGGACGCCUCCGACAUGCUGCGGGCCGAUCCUUACUCCAGACCAGCCAGGGAGAAGCUCAUAGAUGGUGCUCGAGGAAUUCUGUCUGGGACAUCCCAGUUGUUGCUGACAUUUGACGAGGCUGAGGUGCGUAAGAUCAUCAGGGUGUGUAAGAGUGUGCUGGAGUACCUGGCCAUCGCUGAGGUGGUGGAGACCAUGGAAGACCUGGUCACUUUUGUCAAGAACCUGACCCCUGGUAUGACAGGGAUGUCCAAGAUGGUGGACGCCCGUUCUAAGGAGCUGACCCACCAGCAGCACAGGGAGAGCCUGGCCCACUCCCUCCAGGUGGUGAAGGACCUCACACCUGUCCUCAUAUCCGGCAUCAAGAUCUUUGUCACCACAAGGAGACCUCAAGAUGGUAAGGGUAUCCCAGAGGCCAUAGAGAACCGUAACUACGUGGUGAACAAGAUGUCGGCAGAGAUCAGCGAGAUCAUCCGCGUCCUGCAGCUGACGACGUACGACGAGGACAGCUACGAUGCCGAUGACAUGACCGUGAUGAAGAAGGCCCUGGCCAGCUUCAUGGCUCGGCUGAACCAGGCCAGGGAGUGGCUACAGAACCCCAACUCAGAAGCCGGGUCUCUGGGUGAGAGAUCACUGAGACAAAUCAUUGAAGAUGCGCGGAGGAUCGGUGAGCGAUGUGUGGGUCCAGAGAGAGAUGAGAUCCUCAGGCUGUGUAGUGAGCUGACAGCCAUGGUGGACCAGCUGUCAGACUUCAAGGCCAGGGGACUGGGAAGCUCUCCCGAGGCUAUCAACCUUUCGAGGCAGAUCAUUGACCGGCUGUUGGACAUGGACAAACGUGUGCAGCAGGCUGUGUCCAACUUCCAGCAGAGCGGCAUCAGGAAGCCGGCCCCCACCAUCGCUGGCAAGAUGGAACAGGCCAUGAGGUGGCUGAGUGCACCGGCCAUGGAUGACAAGGGACUAGGACAACAGGCGGUGCAUGAGCUGGUGAGGGAGGGGAGGAAGCUGGCUCAGACGUGCCAGGAGCCGGACAGGUCAGACCUGCUGAGGAAAUGUGACUCUGUGGAGAGGCUAACCAGGCAGCUGGCUGACCUCGUCAACCAGGGCAAGGGAGACAGUCCGGAGGCCCAGGAGCUGGCACGUACCGUGCAGGAGAAGUUGAACGACCUGAGGAAGAAGAUGGAUGAUACUCUAGUGAAGCAGAUUGCAGACGUGUUCCUGGACACCACAUCCGCACUCAAGCAGCUCAGCAACGCUGCCCAUGCCCCUGCAGAUGCCCCUAACCGAGAGCCAGAUUUUGGCAACAAGGCAGGAAACUUUGAUCAACACUCGGCCCUGCUGACUCAGACUGCAGGCCGUGUGGCUGAUGCUGGCAGCUGUCAGAACAAGAAGACAGUGGAGGGCAUCAAGAGCACUGCUGGUGUGAUCCGAGACCUGACCCCACAAAUUAUCCAUGCUGGAAAAAUCCUGCUGGACAACCCAGACAAUCAGGCGGCCUCAGAGCACUUUGAACUCCUGAAGAGGGAAUGGAUGAACAACAUGGACAAGCUGACAUCUCUGGUGGAUGAUGCUGUGGACACUGUUGCAUUUAUCAAAGCUUGUGAGGAGGCCAUUGCUCGUGAUAGUGAAAUGGUGAAAGUUGCCAUCAAGAAUGUGCAAGUCCAGAGUGUGGUAAACGGUGCCUCCAACAUUGCCCGCCGUGCCAACCGUGUCCUGAUGGUUGCCAAGCGGGAAGCUGACAACUCCGAGGACCCCAAGUUCGUGGACAGGGUGAACGAUGCAUCAGACACACUGGCAAGAUCUAUCAGUCCUAUGGUGGUGGAUGCCAAGUCUGUGGCCAGCAACCCCAAGGACGCAAACUCCCAAGGCAGAUACUUCGAUUCAAACACAAAGCUGAGAGAUGCUGUUGCUGGUGUACGUGAGGCUGUCACUGUCGUGGAUGAAGCUGCCCUGGCCGCAGCACAGGAGGCUGCCUUCCCACCACCACCUGACCUGAGCCAACUCAAGCUGGGAGAUGCAGCACCACCAAGACCACCACUGCCAGAACAUGAAACCCCCCCUCCCAGACCACCACCCCCAGAGGAGGAGGAGGAGGAAGUCGCUUUCCCUACUCCCAAACCCAACCAGCCUAUCAUGACGGAUUCAGAAGAUGAAGAGAUGGCUUUCCCCGUAGAUCCCAAUGCCAACGAACAAAUCAUGGUUGCAGCCCAUCAGCUUCACUUGGAAGCCCAGAAGUGGUCCAGUAAGGGCAACGAGAUUGUUGCAGCAGCCAAGAAGAUGGCGCUUCUUAUGGCUGAGAUGAGUCGCUUGGUCAGAGGUGAAGGUGGUAACAAGAGAGACCUUAUCCGAGUUGCGAAGGAGAUUGCUUUGGUUGCUGACGAGGUCACACGAUUGGCCAAGGAAGUUGCCAAACAGUGCACAGACAAGAGGAUACGAACGAACCUACUGCAGGUUUGUGAGCGUAUCCCCACCAUCAGCACACAGCUGAAGAUCCUGUCCACAGUCAAGGCCACUAUGAUUGGACAGUCAAAUGUAGACAGUGAAGAAGUGGACCAGGCGACAGAGAUGUUGGUCCACAACGCCCAGAACCUCAUGCAGUCCGUGAAGGAGACCGUACGCGAGGCUGAGGCAGCCUCCAUCAAGAUCCGCACAGACGCCGGCAUCACACUUCGCUGGGUCCGGAAGAAGCCAUGGUACCAGUGAAGUCCUUCUGACUGACCUGAUGUGUACUUGUAAAACAGGAGUCCAGGGGGGGGGGUGCACCAGCAAAGUACUUACUGUUACCAUAUUGUGAUUAAGUGUCUUCCAAUUAUCCAAAUUUUUCAAUCAAAAGGAGCUUAUUGUUUAUGAAAAUAAAGAGAAAGAAUGUUGGGUAUGGUGCCCCCUCCCCCUCCCCUAGGAUUCCUGUUAGCUAACCAAUGACAUGGUGCUCAGGCAUGCAUAACGCAUGCACACUGCAACUUGGACUGUGAUUGCAACUCAUGAGCUGAAAUUUGCUGUGUUGAGACUACUGAUCUGACCAAAGUGUUGCAUCAGAUCUCAAGCAUUUUGCCAUUCAGCUCAAAGAAUGCACUGCAUCAAACUAAUAUCUAUUCCAAAGGUAUAGGCAUGUUUUUAUCUCAACUUUACCAAUCAUUUGUCACUCUUAACUCUGAAAUGAUUCAUGACAAGUAACUACAUAAAUUUUGUAUUGUUAUGUGCUUAGAAUUGCAAACAGUAGUGGUAGCAUUGGAAGAAGUCAAUAUUUUUGACAACAUUUGCCAAAAGAUAUAAGAUAUACUGUUAAAUGCUAGUACAUGUAUCUACAUUUAGAUGCAUCUACAUUGUAUGUACAGAUAUAGACCUAGAAAUAGCUAGCUUCAAUAAACAGAAAUAUAUGUAUGACUCUGUAACAUGCAAAGGCAGUGUUUUAUAUUACUAUUAUACUAUUACUAUCCUAUAGGCAGUAUUCAAAGAACUCAAAUAUUUUUAUAGAACUAGAACACUGCCUAGUAUAUUGGUAGAUUGUACAUGUAUAUUAGUCAAAGAUUGCCUGUCAAUGAGGGAUAGCAAAAAUCUGGCAAGGACUUAAAGCACAUGCACAUGCUUAAGUAGUAAAACAGAAUGAUAAAAGAUAUAUGCAUACUAAAACUAAAUGCAUUCAAUCCCCCUUUUGGAAGAUCGGAAAUUAACUUUCAACAGGGUCUGUGAGGAAAAAAGUUAAUUAUGCAGAUGAAGUCUGUAGUAAGUAAGUUUACAAGGCAGCAAAGUGAUUGCAUUGUAGUAUGCAUUUUCUCCAAAUUACUAAAGAUAUAAUUGUUUCUAGUGAUUUCAUUGCUUGUCGAAUUUUGACUGAGAAUUUUGGAACAGAAGUAGGUAGCCUUCAUAUCUCUUUGGUUUGCAUAAUUAUCCACAUUGAGCAAGACUUAGUUGCAAAAUUUUGUGUAGUAUUUAGCUCAUAAAUAUACCACUGUAUGUAAUGUUAGUUUUGUAAUGUCAGUUUUUUGGUUUAUACAACAGGAAUUGUGCCUUAUGCAAUGAUGUGUUUAAGACAGAAAUGAAUGCUGCACUUGGUUAGACUGACAAAUAAAAGAGAGAGCUUGCUUUAGCAUG